CGUGUAACUUUGGCAUCAUUAUUAUAUACGGAAGGACCUGAGAAAGAGUUGCUACAACUUCUUGUGUUUGGAGAAUUACUGGCACUCUUCCCUGGUUUUCAUGUUCAUAUAGAACUUGUUGGACCUGCAAUUCCUCCUCAAAGGGAUGGUGAGAAAAUUCAAAUUUCAAAGUAUGCUUGUUGCAAUGAAGAUGAGUGUGAGUGCAAAAUAGCAAUUAAAAAUACAUAUCCUGAAACAGAGUCUGGUUCAGCUGUGACAUUGCAGCUUUGGCGAGGAUUCUAUCAUGACCGAUAUAGAGAUAUUGUUAAGGAUUCCUUUCCUCACCUAAUAAUUGCUCCAAAUGGUGGCAUUGCUGCUUAUUCCAGUUGGUUACCAUGUAUUGAGUUAAUUGAAAAGAUUGGCGUCCCAGCUGUUUUUACUGAUUAUUGCGAGGAAGCAUGUCAUCUUGCAGCAAGUUGUAUUAAGACUGUGUCUGACCGUCCUCCUAAAUUGCCAGUUCAGUUAAAUCCUUUCAGGCAGCCCAUAGCCGUGGAAGACAGCGUGCUAUUAUUGCCCUGCUACUCGAAUUGCUUUCUUUUUGGAAUGUAAAGGGUUACUCAGAAUAUCUCGAUUCUUGAGCCAACAAUAUUGGCAGGAACAACAAACCUAAUUGCAUCAAAAGUAAACCAUUACUUGAUCUAAUGCGAAGGUAUGUAAAUAACAAUAACAAUCAAAAGCUUUGCAAACAUGUAUCCUGAUUAAACCUA